AUGUUGAACAGUACGGUGAUCGGUAGAGACGUGGGCGAAGCCGCCGCCGCACUCGGUGGAGGCGCACCCGGUUUCGGGUCUUACUGGCCACGUAUCGACCAGUUUUACAUCCCGCCGUGGUUGGAUGUGCAAUUUCUCGCCAACAACAUCAUCAGCUUCACGCCGUUGUUCUCCUACGGGACGACGGUAUGGAGCAUCAAGCGAUCGAAGACGGCGCUAGGGUUCUCCAUCGACAUAUGCGCGACUAUGCUGAUCGCAAGCAUCUUGCGUGUGUCUUAUUACCUAAUUACGCCGUACGAUGUGGCACUUCUCCGGCAGUCUUUGGUGAUGAUCUUCAUCCAACUGAUCCUUCUCUAUACCAGUUUGUGCUACCGACCAGAGGAAUACAAGUACGAGAGCUUAAAGCCGGUGGAGCGAUUUGGUCAGCUCUCACAGGACGUGUGGCAGGAGUUUUUUCCCCUGUGCUCGAUGGGUGCCGGUUGGAAGGGCAUCUGGCAGGCCAUGUCUUGGAACAGCUUUGCAGGCUACAUGGAGAAGAUGCUAUUGGUAGCGCUUUACAAGUUCCUCAAAUUUUUCGACCCGGGAUACCAGCGCAUAGGCGCAUUUUGGCAGUGGAAUAACCCACGCUACUUUUGGUUGUUUCUACUAUGGUUCACGUGCGGGCAGUUCUUGAUGACCUUUUUUAUAGCCCGGGUGAUGAACUUGGAGUGGUUAGGCCAGUGGCUCGGUUCAUUUAUUGGCUCACUAGGGCUUUUGAUCGAGGCCUUACUUCCGCUGCCGCAGAUUUCAAUUUUGCAUACCUUGAAGAGCGUUCAAGGCUUUAAGUUGAUUCUUUUGGUCAGCUGGCUUUGCGGCGAUAUUCUCAAAAUCAGUUACUUAGUCUUUGGGGCCAAGAAUAUAUCCAUGAUUUUUUUCUUAUUUGCAUUGUUCCAGAUGGGUUUGGACAUAUAUAUUGCAUUCAUCUACGUGUACUACAAGUACUACUUUCCAAAGUACAGGAGGAAAUCUGAACCACCUCGCAUAGAGAUGCAGAUGUUGCUCUCAAACGGAGAAGCUGCGGCAUUUAGUGUAUAG